CUUGUUACUUUUACUCCUUAAAUCCUCGUGGUGUCUUCAUCCUUUGGUCUAAUUGUAGUUUUAUCUCAUUCUUUUAUCACAAUUGAUUAAAUUUUUUUCAUCUUCUAAAUUUUUUUCUAAUUAACAAUCAAUUUGAUCGAAUUUCAAUCAGGAUGAAUUCAAUUGAUGACGAUGGUACAUUCCUGUUCACCUCUGAAUCUGUGGGAGAGGGACAUCCAGAUAAACUUUGUGACCAGGUUAGUGAUGCUGUUUUGGAUGCUCACCUUGCAUUGGAUCCAUAUGCUAAGGUUGCAUGUGAGUCUAUUAGUAAAACCGGGUUAGUCAUGGUUUUUGGCGAGAUUACCUCUUCUGCUCACGUUGAUUAUCAAGAUGUUGUUCGUCAAACAGUUAAACACAUUGGAUUUGAUAGUAGUGAUAAAGGUUUCGAUUAUAAAACUUGUAAUGUUCUGGUUGCCAUUGAACAUCAAGCUCAAGAAAUUUCCCAAGGUGUUUGGACUGAUAAAGAUGAUGAACAUUUAGGUGCUGGAGAUCAAGGGUUAAUGUUUGGCUAUGCUACUGAUGAGACUGAAGAGUGUAUGCCUUUAACUGUUGUUCUUUCUCAUAAAUUGAAUGAAAAAUUAUCUCAACUUAGACGUGAUGGUACAUUUGCUUGGGCUCGACCUGAUUCCAAAACUCAGGUUACCUGUGAAUAUCGUUUCGAUAAAGGAGCCGCUAUACCAUCAAGAGUUCAUACUAUUGUUAUCUCUGUUCAACAUUCACCAGAGAUUGAAAUGGAUCAACUUAAGAAAGAAAUUAUGGAAAAGGUGAUUAAAGUUGUUAUUCCUGACAAAUAUUUGGAUGAUAAAACAAUCUAUCACAUCAAUCCUUGCGGGAAGUUCAUCACUGGCGGUCCAUUGGCUGAUGCCGGUCUCACUGGACGUAAGAUAAUCGUCGAUACUUAUGGAGGUUGGGGUGCUCACGGAGGAGGAGCUUUUUCUGGUAAAGACGCUACCAAAGUAGAUCGAUCUGGAGCCUAUGCCGCUCGAUGGGUCGCUAAAUCGCUUGUUAAAAGUGGACUAUGCAGACGAUGUAGUGUCCAGAUCUCAUAUGCCAUUGGUAUCUCAGAGCCUCUUUCAGUUACAGUAUUUUCUUAUGGAACUUCAUCUUUAUCGUCAAAACAACUGCAUGAUAUAGUUAUGAAAAACUUUGACCUAAGACCUGGAACAAUCAUUAAGGAAUUGGGUCUUCGAAAACCGAUCUUUUCAAAAACGGCAGUUUGGGGUCACUUUGGAAGGGAAGGGUUCCCGUGGGAGGUAGCGAAACAACUUCAACUUUAAAUUAAACAUCUUCUGAAAUCUUAUAACUUUUUUUCACUUUUGCAAUAAUCUGAAUAUUGUAACAUCUUUUCAUUCAUUUUUCGGAUUAGCAAUUAUGUUGAAUCAAUAAUUAAAAAAUUGCGCUUAAAA